AUGACUGCCAUUAAAGAUGCCAAUAUUGUGAAAAUUGCGGUAGAGAUGCAGGAUCAACUUCCUCAACUAAUCGAAUUCAAUCAAAAGCAACCACUAGCUUCCAUAAUUCAAGAACUUAGUAAUGGCUGGGGCUUGUCAGAAGCUGAACAAUAUGCAUUGCAAUUUUCUGAACAGAACAACAAGAACUACAUAACUGAAAAAAACAGAAAUGAAGUUAAAAAUGGAUCAGUGUUGAGACUGACACAUUCACCACUUAAAACAGUAGCAGAUAUUCUUCAAAGUUUAAAUUCUCGUACCUUGGAAGACAAAACAGAAUCACUAGAAAAACUAUCAAUUUUAAGCGCUGAUAAUACUUUUGCUUUAGAAUUCAUUAAUAAGCAAGGCCUGACAUUGGUUAUUAACUUGAUUGGUGGUGGUAAAUACAAAGGCAUUAUGUUAGCUUAUUUACUGAAAUCAUUUGUUGAAUUGAUGGACCAUGGGAUAGUUUCAUGGGACAUCCUUGAAGUACCUUUUAUAAGUACUGUUGCAAGCUAUGUCAACAAUUUUCCUGUUCAGCAAGAUGGCAAAGUGAUCCAAGCAUCACUAUCUAUUUUGGAAAAUAUAUUAGUGAAUAGUACUGGAAAGUAUGCAGUUGUAGAAAAAGAAGUUGCUUUCCCCAAUCUUGAAUCCCAUUUACAGUCAUCAAAUCCUAUAAUUCAACAAAAUAGUUUAGCUCUCAUAAAUGCCUUUUUGUCUAAAGCUCAAGAUGUCACAAAAAGAAAAGCUAUUGCUGACCAAGUAUGUUCAACUCAAGUUCGAAGCUCUAUUUUGUCAAAUAUAAUUCAGGCAUCUUCAGGCCAGGUUGGGACUGAAAUGGCUCACCAACUUUAUGUUUUCCAAACUUACUAUCUUGGUCUUCUUGAACCUCGAAUGAGAACCAAGAUGGAUCAACAGGACCAGGACGCUCAUGAUAAAAUUAAAGAAUUAAGAAGAAUAGCAUUCGAUACUGAAGGCACUAGUGGAGCCGAUUCAUUUGCUCGUAAACAGUUAGGGGUUUUUGCAAAGGAUUACAAAAAACUCGGGUUCAAAUGUGACAUAAAUCCAGCACUGGAUUUUACCGAAACACCACCAGGCAUGCUUGCUUUGGACUGCAUGAUAUAUUUUGCACGUAAUCAGACCGAAAAUUAUACUAAGGUUGUUCUUGAAAAUUCUUGCCGAGCAGAUGAACAUGAAUGUCCUUUUGGUCGUACAUCGGUAGAACUAGUGCGAUUGCUUUGUGAUUUAUUACACAUCGGUGAAUCUCCUUCUGAACAAGGGCAUAUAUUUUACCCACUCUUUUUCACCCAUGAUCACCCAUUCGAAGAAUUCUUUUCUAUUUGUAUAGUUCUUUUAAACAAAACAUGGAAGGAGAUGAGGGCAACAAUUGAAGACUUUGGUAAGGUGUUUAGUGUCGUACGGGAACAGAUAACUAGGGCUCUUGCUUCUCAGCCCAGUGCUCUUGAUAAAUUUAGGGCAAAACUCUUUUUUCUCACUUACAGUGAGAUCACAAAUCUUUGGCAACAAGAAAGAACUUCCCGCGAAGAGUGGGAAUCACACGCACGACCUAUUGUCGAGCUCAAAGAAAUGAUAACUCCUGACAUCCUAGAUCUAAUAAAACAGCAAAGGCUUGGUUUCCUGGUUGAAGGCACUAGAUUUACUAAAUAUUCACAAAGAGGACAGAGAAUCAAAGAUAAGUUUUGGUAUGUUCGUUUGUCUCCUUCGCACAAAGUAUUUCAUUAUGGAGAUUGUGAUGAGAAAAUGACACCAACAUUCGAGCAGCUUCCAAAUAAACUUGCUGUUAUUGACAUAAAGGCUCUCGUUACUGGUAAAGAGUGUCCUCAUAUGAAAGAUGCCAGAGGGAGAAAAACAACUCAUCAGCUUGCAUUUUCUUUAACACUUGAUUCAGUUGAAGUUCAAUCUCUCGAUUUCGUGGCCCCUGAUGAACAAGUUUUUGACUACUGGACAGAUGGAAUCAAUGCACUUCUGGGUAAUAAGAUGGUCAGUAAGGAAACCGAAAAUGACUUGGAAACAUUACUUUCGAUGGACAUCAAGCUGCGCCUACUAGAUGCCGAAGGGAUCGAUAUUCCUGAGGACCCACCAGCUGUCCCAGCUGAUCCUCCUAACUAUGAUUUUUGCUGCAACAUCAAAUGA